AUGUAUUCAUCAUCUCGUUCUGGUAAUGAGUAUAAUAAUGAUUUUCAUCAAAACCCACUUCCUCAUAUUGCAUUUCCAUCAAAUUCAGAAAUGUAUGAACUUUGUUCAUCACCAAUAGUACACACACAGGAAGAAGUAACUUUAACUAAUGAUGAUGAAGAUUGUAGUGAACUAAGUUCUAGCUCUAGUUCUAAGAGAGAAACAGAAUUUAAUCCAGAAAUUGAUGGUGGGGUUAAUUUAACUAUUGCUAAAUGGGCCAUUCAAAAUAAUAUUACUCGCAUGGCUUUAGACGAUCUGCUCAAAAAUUUAUCAAAGUAUCCACAAUUUAAGGAAUUACCCAUAGAUUCUCGAACAUUAUUAAAAACACCCACCAAAACUAUUAUUAAAGAAAUGAAAGGGGGUAGUUACUAUAAUUUUGGAAUCUUUGAUCAAAUUGAACAUUUGAUAAAAUCUGGUACUUCGCUUCCUUCAAUACUCAUGCUAAUGGUUGGAAUAGACGGAUUACCCAUCACAAAAAAUCCUCCUAGUCAAUUAUGGCCUAAUUUAGGGUAUUUUUCAAAUAUCUCUGACUCUAGUGUUUUCAUUAUUGGUUCAUAUUAUGGUAAACCAAAACCAGAAGACAGUAAUAAAUUUUUAAGUAAUUUUGUAAAUGAAAUUUGUGUGCUAAUUAAUGAUGGUGUGAUGUAUAAUAAUAUCCAUGUAAAACAUCAUCUAAAAGCUCUUAUAUGUGAUGCCCCGCCAAAAUCGUUUGCAUUAAAUUUUAAGGGACACACUGGAAAAAAAAUCAUGUAUUCGUUGUCAUACUAUUGGUUCUUUUGGGAAUAA